GAUCUCUGAACACCRUAACAAAGUGGGGGAAACAUGGCGAGCGGGGACGAGGCCAGCGGAUGCCCCUCGGUUACCUCCUCUUCGGUCGGCCUGGAGGACCUGUUUCCCGCAGGGACGUCGGAGCAGACUUGCGGAUUUGGGAACCCGGAGCUCGACCGCUUGCGGGAGCGUCUCCAGGCUUGGUUAUCGCAGUACGAGCCCCUGCUGCUGUGGGCGCAGCGGCUGCUGGUCUGGGAGAGGCCGCUCUACAGCGUCUCCGCCGCCCUGACACUCAACACAUUAUUCUGGCUUCUGUCCUCCACCUCUCUGCGGCCCCUGUUCCUGCUUAGCGUGACCCUGCUGGGGCUAAUGCUGCUGGAAAGAUGGAAGCCCAAGUUACCCAUCAUUACUGUUCAACAUGCAGAGGCUCAGUCUGAACAAAGUCAAACGAUGAGCUCAGAGCACCAUCURCUCAGCGUUCCUGAGCUCAGCCACCACCUGGCUGAGAGCUACCUGACCUGCUGCCUGUAUCUGCAGGAGACGCUGCAGUACAAACGGCGAAACCACGGCAAGUUCUGUACGAUGAUGUGCAGCGGCUGCUUUGUGCUGGCUGUGGUUGGACAUUACGUGCCAGGAAUCAUGAUAUCGUAUAUUAUCGCUCUAAGCGUGCUGCUCUGGCCGUUGGUGGUGUAUCACGAACUGAUCCAGAGGAUGUACACGGGCUUGGAGCCGAUCCUGAUGAAACUGGACUACAGCAUGAAGGGAGACACCGAGCAUCGCAAGCACGACAAGAGGAAGGUAAAGAAGGAGAUGGAAGUGGGAGAUGAGCCUCUAGUGGAGACAGAAAGUGAGAGUGAUGAGGACGAGGAGGAAUUGUCUUGUUUUGCUCCGACGGUGGAUGUGAAAACUACAGCACUGGCUAUGGCCAUCACUGACUCCGAGCUGUCAGACGAAGAGGCAUCUAUACUGGAGAGUGGGGGGUUCUCUGUGUCCAGAGCCACCACCCCCCAGCUAACGGACCUCUCUGAAGACUUGGACCAGCAUAGUUUACACAGCGACCCCGAGGAGGCAUUCCUGCGGGACCUCCCAGAGUUCCCCUCGGUCGAGGAGUUCCCAUCCAUUGAGCACGGUCUGCUUCACUUUCCCCAUCGAGGCUUGGCUCAGGUGGACGGUGCACAGGCCGGUGCCGAGUUGGAGAAGGAGCCACUGAGUCCCGCCAGCCUCCUCAUCCAGCACCUGGCGUCGCCCCUCCACUUUGUGAACACGCAUUUCAACGGACACGGCCGACCGCCCGGCAGCGAGGAGGCGCAGAGGCGGGCGGCGGAGGGCCGGGACGCAGCAGUGACCCAGGGAGCCCAGCGCUCCUUGGAGGCGCUGAGCGAGGAGAUCGUGAGCACGGCCAUCUCCACCGUGGUGCAGAACACUCUGUCGGCCCUGCUGCGCUCCAGCGAGGCCAGCGACGAGCCCUCCCUGGCCGAGUUCCUCCCUACCGAAACCCCACCUGGCCCUCUGGAGACCCCCACCCAAUCCACCGACACCGCUAGCAACACGGUCAUUACAGCGGGGGCGCCGGAUCCCAACACGGACCUGGACGAUGGGGUGAAGGCAGAAAGCGGCGCCGGCGAAGAGUUCCCAGAUGACACGCUGGUUCCGAUGGAGGAGGAGGACUUUGAGCUGUUGGACCAAAGUGAACUGGAGCAGGUGGAUGAGGGGCUGGAGCUCAGCUCUGACAGAGAGGUGGGCGGAGCUUCAUCAGACACAACUACAUUGGUUCUACAGCCACAGUCAUAGCCCACCCUCUUAUCCCCACCUUUAUAUGUUGUUGUUUUUAUUUGUAUGUUAAAAACGACUUUAUUUACCCUCAUCUGCAACGCAUUAUUCAAAGACUCUGUUGGUGGUUGAAAACAUUCUGCUCUUUACAUUUCAUCAUUCUUCUCAGCUUUGGUAUCUGAGUUGUUUCAUGUUAGAUGGCAGGAGGCAGUCAUGCUACCAAAGCUCUACUGUACCAUUAAAAGGGACAUGAUAUGCUUUUAUUUUGGUAUAUUAACAUGUUGGAGGCUUUGGUCAAAAUACAAUCUUACUGCCUCCUUUUCAAACAUUUAUUCAAAACAGUUUCAUUUUUUGAGUUGCUUACACUUUUAUUAUUUUCAGUAUUCUUUAAGGCUGCAUCCACACUUCAGGUCUUAAUGCUCAGAUCUGAAUUUCUCUGCGUGGACGUUCACGUGACCAUUUAAAAUGAACYGCCAUCUGACUCCAGUGUGAUGUCAAAUACAAGCGCUCUGUUUAAGUAAACAUGGAUGCUGCAGAUGUUAGCACGUUUAUUCUGAAGUUGUUGUGCAAUCAGAAUUUUUUUUCUGCUCUCCUUGUUUCAGCCAGUGUUUACAUUUAAACCACCUGUCUCUUGCCGCCUACUCCAGCGCAGCGUGUAGUUUGGAAUGGGAUGCGAGUGACGUGCUGAAAGUGAAACUAUCUAAAGCAUUGAUCCAGUAACUUUUGUAUCGAUGUGAUGACAUCACAUCAUCUUGUUCACACUGGUCUGUUGGAGGUCGAGCAUAGCCUCACAUAAAGUCAGAGAAUAGUGAAGAAAAAAGUUCAGAAAUAUGCUGUCGCACCAAAACAGCAGCAAGGGGUUUUUAAUUUCCCACUGCUGAGGUUCAGUGAAUGCAUCGUGAUUACAGGUUGGAGGCAGAAUAACCGAACUCAGAGGUGGAAACAUGACUCAUAUUUGGAGAUAAUUUCAGACCUAGAAGGCUCAAAAAAAAAAAAACUGGGUUGCAUUUUUUUGUGUGUAAAGUCACUUUACUAUUCCAUGCUUUCAAGCACAAAUAAUGCAUUUUUCUUUAGCAGCAUGUCCAGUUUAACACUCAUGGUACAUUAGAGGUUUGGUUUUGUUGUCUGUUAACUUGUUUUAACAGUUCUGAAGAUGUCGUUAUUGUUUCUGAAUGCGUUCAAAUCUAAAACUGAAGUUUAGCAUCCUGCUAACAACAAGGAUGCCUUGGCUUUUGGAUGAAUCCGUCCAUGCAGAUGUUUAUCUAGUUUAUUAAAAUAAAAUUUAAAAAAAGGUAAAAUGUUGGAUCUAUAACAAAUAUUAUAUAUGCUAUAAAUUAUUUAAUUUAAUUACCAGCUGAUGAAACUUUAACAAAAAUCUUAGGGGAGUGCUGAGAGUGUAUUUUAUGUCUUUGAUUAACCCAUAAUGAUUGUAAAUACUCGUUUUAAUGACACAGUGUAUGUUCAAGUGUAAUCGUUAAAGAAAAAAAAUACAUUGGCAUCUUUUUUUUUUGAGUUGAAGCAAUUUUCGGGGAUUUAUUGCCUGAAAAUUAGAUCUUUGACAUUCUUGGAUGUUAAGAACAUAAAAAAAAUUACAAAAGUGAGUUUUAUGCGAGAGAAGUCAAAAGAAACUCCCCCUGUGGGACAGAAGGCACAUUUUUUUAUUGACAUCUGUGAAUAUUUCUUACACCCAAACAUAAUUGAUCCAUAUGUGACUGAAUUUGCUCUAUAGGUCCUUGUACUGUUUGUACAGUCAUCACUCGUUUAUUUUUUUAUUUUAUUUUUUGCAUGCGCUGCAUCACACGUUUGAAAAUUAGCAGUCAAUUUUCCUGAGARUUGCUCUUCCAGGAGCACAUUUCUGUUGCUGUCCUUGAUUAGAAAUGGGUCAAAAGGUCACCAGAUGAACUGCUUUCAGAGAGAUCUUAAUAAAGCUUUAGGUAACCACUCAGCAUCCAGCUCUCAGGGUGUGUGUGUGGGGGUGUGGGUGUGGGUGUGUGUGAUGGGGUCGUACAGCAGGAUUAUAACAGGAUAUGUAUUCUUUUCUCCAUCCGUCGUAGAGCUUUGUAUUUCUACUAACCGUUCCUGUUUUUCCAGUUGUUUUAUAGUGUAGAAAUGAUAUGAGAAAAAAAAACUACAAAAGUGUAUUUUCUGCAUGUAAAAAUGGCUCUCUGUUCAUGUUGUCAACUGCACAAUUUGUGGGAAAAAAUACUAGAUUGAAUGUUUCAAGUAAAAACAAAAAAGCUCAGAUUCUUUGAUAUUUUGUUACUAAUGAUGGAAUAAAAGUUUGCUGUAAAUAGA